CUCUCUCCCAGCACUCAGUUCAUUCACCUUCUGUCUGUUUUCUGUUGAUCCUCUAAUGUGAAAGAGCUGAACACUGAUAAACCACAAUGUCUUGUGUCUUCUGGAAUUUUCUCUGCUUGUUUCUAAUACACUGUGUGAGUUCAGAAGUCUUCCUCCAUGGUCAAGAUGCCAGUCAGGUCCUGAGCCGGCGCCGGCGUGCCAACACCUUUUGGGAGGAGCUAAAGAAGGGAAACAUGGAGCGCGAGUGUGUUGAGGAGCGCUGCAGUUACGAGGAGGCCAGAGAAAUAUUUGAGGAUGUUAAAAAGACGGAUGAGUUCUGGCACAAAUAUGUUGAUGGAGACGCGUGUUUGUCUCACCCGUGUCUUCAUGGCGGCGAGUGUAAAGAUGCGAUCGGGUCGUACACGUGUUUCUGUCAUCAAGGCUAUAAGGGAUACAACUGUGAGAUCGCUAUUCCUGUGCUCUGUGAAAGCAAAAACGGAGGCUGUGAUCAUUUCUGCAGCGUGGAGGAGAAGAAUGUUGUCUGUUCAUGCGCUACAGGCUAUGAGCUGGCCAAUAACAGGAAGUCGUGUCAGUCUCAAGAUCCUUUCAAAUGUGGUGCUGUCCAUCCUCAGAAGACCAGAAGCACCUUAAACAACAUACACAUCAACCACACUGAGAAUGAAGAGGAGACCACCGCCGAACCUGUCACAGACGUCACCCACCCUCCCGGCAAUGACACAACCAGCACGUCUGGCCUCCCUGAGCGGUCCUCGGUGAGAAAACUGAGGAUCGUGAACGGUACGGACUGUCUUCCUGGAGACUGUCCAUGGCAGGCUCUUCUCAUCAACGAAGACAACAUCGGCUUCUGUGGCGGCACCAUCUUAAACGAGUACUUCGUUCUGUCGGCCGCUCACUGCAUGAAUCAGUCGCUCUCCACCCGGGUGAUUGUAGGUGAGUUCAACACGCUGGUCGACGAGGGUCGUGAGGUCAUGCACGACGUAGAUGAGAUUCUGAUUCACAUGAACUACAUGGCUAAGACCUACCACAACGACAUCGCCCUCAUCAAGCUCAGCAAGCCCAUCAGAUUCAACAGAUUCAUCAUCCCCGCUUGCCUUCCGGAGCGCGACUUCGCCGAGCAUGUGCUGAUGCUCCAGGAGGACGGCAUGGUGAGCGGCUUCGGCCGAGUGCGUGAGGGUGGCUUCCAGUCCACCGUCCUGCAGAAGCUGACCGUGCCAUACGUCGACCGCGCCAAAUGCAUCGAGUCCAGCACGUUUAAGAUCUCCAACCGCAUGUUCUGUGCCGGAUACAAUCAGGAGGAGAAGGACGCGUGUCAGGGCGAUAGCGGCGGGCCGCAUGUGACACGCUACAAAAGCACAUGGUUCGUGACAGGCAUAGUGAGCUGGGGCGAAGGGUGCGCCCGGAAGGGCAAGUAUGGCGUCUACACGCAGGUCUCCAAAUACAUCACAUGGAUCCAUAAUGCCAUGUCCAAAGUCAUGCCGGAGAUGAAAGCAUAUAUAAAACCCAAAGCAAAGCGGGAGCUGCUGCGGAAGACACCCGUACGCAAAGUCUGACGUAUUAAUUCAUGCUGAUUCAUCAAUGACAUUAUUCUGUUUUCUCUCAUAAUCUUUAUUACGCAUAUAUGACCGUAAACCAGUUUUUUUAAAUUAAGAUUUAUGCAUUAUAUGAAAUUGAUGUUUCCAUUGAUGUAUGGCUUGUUAGGAGGACAAUAUUUGAAAAUCUGAGGGUGCAAAAAAAAAUAUCGAAAUAUUGAGAAAAUCACCUUUAAGGUUUUCCAAAUAAAGUUCUUAGCAAUGCAUAUUACUAAUCAAAAUUAAGUUUUGAUAUAUUUAUGGUAGGAAAUUUACAAAAUGUCUUCAUGGAGCGUGAUCUUUACUUAAUAUCCUAAUGAUUUUGUCAUAAAAGAGAAAUGUAUAAUUGUGACUCAUACAAUGUAUUGUUGUCUAUUUCUCCAAAUAUACGUCUGUGACACUGA